AUGGCUCCCGGCUUGACAGAAGAGACCCCUCUUCCCAUUAACGGAACAAAUGGCAAGGUUGUCGAGAAUGGCAAGCACACCAUCACUGAGGAAUUCCAAGACGGACCCGCGCCCUCUAAGAAGGGCAAGUACAAUGCCAUUCCAGGGCCUCUAGGUCUGGCAUCAGCUUCCCUCGAGGGCAAGGUUGCGCUCGUGACCGGUGCUGGCCGUGGCAUCGGCCGUGAGAUGGCCCUCGAGCUGGGGCGUCGCGGUGCUAAGGUCAUCGUCAACUACGCCAACAGCAGUGAGUCGGCUGAGGAGGUCGUGGCCGCCAUCAAGGAGGCCGGGUCGGACGCCGUGUCCAUCAAGGCCAACGUGUCCGACGUCGACCAAAUAGUGUCGCUCUUCGAGCAGGCCAAGCAGGUCUGGGGCCACCUUAACAUUGUGUGCUCCAACAGCGGUGUCGUCUCGUUCGGCCACGUCAAGGACGUGACCCCGGAGGAGUUCGACCGUGUCUUCGCCAUCAACACCCGUGGCCAGUUCUUCGUGGCCCGCGAGGCCUACAAGAACCUCGAGGAGGGUGGCCGCCUGAUCAUGAUGGGAUCCAUCACCGGCCAGGCCAAGGGCGUGCCCAAGCAUGCCGUCUACUCGGGCUCCAAGGGCACCAUCGAGACCUUUGUGCGCUGCAUGGCCAUCGACUUCGGCGACAAGAAGAUCACUGUCAACGCCAUCGCCCCUGGCGGUAUCAAGACCGAUAUGUACCACGCCGUCUGCAGGGAGUACAUCCCUGGUGGCAAGACGCUCGACGAUGAUGGAGUCGAUGAGUUUGCUGCUGGCUGGUCACCGCUCCACCGUGUUGGCCUUCCCAUCGAUAUCGCCCGUGUUGUCUGCUUCCUUGCCUCCCAGGACGGCGAGUGGAUCAACGGCAAGGUCCUCGGCAUUGAUGGUGCUGCUUGCAUGUAA